GUCUCCGUCAACUUGCUGUUUCUGUUUAAGGCUCGAAGCUAGCUGCAGUUCGGACGGAACCAGAAUAAAAGAACGAUGAGCAGCAGUCCUGCAUCUGUCCAGAUGGACGAGGUCAGGCAGAGAGCCCAGCUGCUGCUCACGUCGUCGGGCUCAGCUCAGGAUGUGAAGGCUGAUGUUCAGACCAUGGCCUCCAUAGCGCUGCCCUUUUCAGAGAAAUAUCGUCACCUGACCGCAGAGGCCAUGCUGAAGGAGAACACAGCGGGUCGCAGCAGACAAGAGGCUCUGGAUUCUUUAAGUAAACUGGUGAAAGCCUUGAGUAUCUUGGAGAAGUACGGCUGCAACCUGACCAGUCCCACCAGGCCCAGAUACUGGAGGAGCGUCAAGCACAACAACCCCGUCUUCAGAACCACCGUGGACGCCAUCAAGGGAGGUCGCACAGUUUUGUAUCUGUACGGUUACACCAACCAGCAGAUCGACGGCCUCAGCUUUCCCGAUGACGUCACCGAGCCGGAUGCUAAAAACGUGGCUGCGGUGACGCUGGAGGUGAUGACGCUGCGCUUAGAGGUGGACAUGCUGCUAAAGGGCAUCCAUCCUCACCCCGAAUCCUUUAAAGACAUCAUCCCAUUUCCCAUCCAGAACGAGGCAGACUCUGUGGUAAAUGUGCCUGCAGACAAGGGUCAGGGAGAAAAAGCUCACAUCCCUCCUCCUCCUCCGACUAAACCUUCUCCGAUGCCAAGAACAAAACUUCCAAAACCUUCAGCAGUACCCCCACCAGUGAGUGUGUGUAACCUGUGUGGUGGCGCUUCGUCUUUUGUCUGUCCAUCUUGUGACAGUCAGCAUUUCUGCGACGCAUGUGAUGACCUCUUUCAUCGCCAUCCGUCCAGAGCCAAUCACAAGAGAGACAAAAUGCACCAACCCAAACAGGAGACCUGCACCAUCUGUGGCAUUUCUGCCGUCCACUCUCAGUGCCCCACCUGCAUCCAGAAGUUGUGCUUGAACUGCGACCGGCUCUUCCACUCUCACCCUGACCGUAAAGGACACAACAGGACCAUUAUCACACCAGCAGGAACUAAAACACCCAGUGUGUGUCAGACGUCGUGGGAGUGCUCUCACUGCACUACAGUGAACGAGAUGCGAGCCGUUCUCUGCACAACCUGUGAACGUCCUCGACUCGCCACAUCUGCAGCUCCAGACAGCUCCGUGUCGGUUCCCAUGUCACCAAAUUCAGAUUGGCAGUGCAAGAGCUGCACGGUGGUGAAUCAGGGCAGCAGCAUCCUCUGUGAGGUCUGUGAGCGCCCUCGCCUGGCCACUCGCCCACCUGUCGUCGCAAGUCCAGGAUCUGGGUCCGACUCUGCAGAAAAGUGGACCUGCCAGUUCUGCACCUACGUCAACACUCAGCCCUCUCUGGUGUGUGAGGUGUGCAGCCUGUCCUGUAAAGACUCGUCCGCAGGUUCUUUGCCUCAGUCCCUCCAGCAGGUGUCGUUUGCUGCUAAGGAUCAGCCUCAAGCGAAGCCCCAAAUCAACGUGGAGCUGAAGAGGCAGAAGACGAUGAGGGACGACGGGCUCAAGCUCAUCCACCAGAUAAGAGAGGCAGAGAAGCGAGGCAUCAGUCCGGAGGAGGUGUACGCAGCCAUCUGCAUGUGUGGUGGGAGCAACCCCUGCGACUGGCUGACGUCAGAGCUGCCUCACCUGCUGGACGAGAUCUGCGCCAUGGCUGCCUCCGUCCAGCUGACACCGACCGUCGUCCACGGAGAUGGAGCAAACCCAGAGCAGAACGCUGCAGGAGGAGGAGUGAAGCUGUCCAGAGCCGAGGCCAAACUGGCCUGGCUGGCCGCAGGAGGAGACACAGAAAAAGCCGUGAGACAGCUGCUGAGGGACAGACAGGCCAAGAUGAAGGAGCUCCGCUCUCUGGGCUUCCAGGACCUCUUUCAGUGUGAUGAAGCUCUGCACCAGAGCGGGGGGGAGGUGAAAGGAGCUCUGUCUCUGCUCCAGCGCCCUCUCAUGGAGCCGUUCCACCAGCACAUCUGGAUAGAUCAGCCCGAGCCACCGAUCGAUCCCAAACACGUGGACAAACAGAGGACGUGCAGACGACUGCUGGCGUUGUACAGCCUGCCCAGCUGGGGGCGCUGUGAGCUCGUCCUGUCUCUGCUCCAGGAGCCAGAUGUCUCCUGCUCUCUGGAGGACGUGGUGCAGGCCGUGAAGGAGUCUCAUGACAAGGACUUCAUCAGACGUCUCCUGAACAACGAGUGUCCCUGCUGUCUGAGCAUUUUCCCUCGCAGCAAGAUGCAGUCUCUGACGUCCUGCCAGUGCUCGGUCUGCCACGACUGCUUCAGAGACCACUUCACCAUCGCCAUCAGAGACAAACACAUCAGAGACAUGGUGUGUCCCGUCUGCGGCGAGCCCGACAUCAACGACCCAGAACAGCUGGACAGCUACUUCUCCACGCUGGACAUCCAGCUGCGGGACUGCCUGGAGAUGGACGUGUACGACCUGUUUCACAAGAAGCUGAUGGAGCACACGCUCAUGAAAGACCCCAAGUUCCUUUGGUGUUACCAUUGCACCAAUGGGUUUAUCAACGAUGGGAACCAGCUCAAGGUCACCUGCCUUAUGUGCCGCAAGAGUUUCUGCGCUCAGUGCAAGAAACCUUGGGAGCCUCAGCACCAGGACGUGUCCUGUGAACAGUUCCAGCUGUGGAAGAGGGAGAACGACCCGGAAUACCAGAGACAAGGCCUGGCAGGUUAUCUGAGGGACAACGGCAUCACGUGCCCUCAGUGUAACUUCCAGUACGCUCUGACGAAAGGCGGCUGCAUGCACUUCAGCUGCUCGCAGUGCAGGUACGAGUUCUGCAGCGGCUGCAACAACCCGUACUACAAGGCUUGUUGUAAAACACCUCGAUGCAAGUACAACGGCCUGCAUGCUCAUCACCCCCGAGACUGUCUCUUCUACCUCAGAGACUGGGACGCAGAUAAGCUGCAACAACUCCUGCAGAGGAACGGUGUGGACUUCAACACAGACCCUUCCAGUGGAGCCCAAGCUGAUGCAUGUGGCGUGAUGGAGCAGAAAGAUGAAGGCGGUCAGCAGGUGGACUCUCCGUGUGGCCUCCAGACGCAGCCGGGACAGGCCGGACUCUGCAAUAAGCACUACAAGGAGUACCUGGUGAGCCUCAUAAACGCUCACACUCUGGACCCGGCCGUGCUUUACGAACCCAACGACCUGAUCAUAGUGUGCCAGCGAUACCUGGGGGACGUGCAGAGAGGAGACCCGGAGGACGAGAACGCCUUCAGCGCUCGCUUACUAAAGAAACUGAUGGAGUUACCUCUUGGAGAAAAGGUUCCAAGAAACAAAUAGAUUCAUCAAAAGAACAUCACCUGACAGCAGAGCUUGAACUUUGUCAGUAAAAUGAUCUUUUCCUGUUUUAUUGUCUGCGAAUGAUUCAGACCAGAAGAAGAAACACGUUUCUGUGGUGGCUUUGUGUUUAAAUGUUUGAUUUUUCCUUCUACGUCCUCACAACGGAGGGUUUUCUGGUUCUUGUGUGAAAGAACGUGUUCCACGUUUUAUUUCACGUUUUUCUACCGUUAUUCCCACAGUUCUAAGCUUUAAACUUUUAGUCGUUGGUGGCGUGAAGUUUUUCUCCUGCAGGGAUGUGACAGCUUGAUGAUUGUGUCAUGCAGUCCAGCGAUGAACGUGUGUCCAGCGGUGGAUGUUGUUAAAAUCAGAGAAAUGAACAAGUGGCUCUAAAUGUUUGAACGGCUUGAAAUCUGCUCAAUAAACGAUUAAAUAAACA